CAUGUGUGGGCCAAUCAGAGGGCGGGCAGGUGUCCCAGGUAGAAGCGCUGCACAUUUCCCUCUGCAGUGAGAGCUCCGGUCCUGCCUCCCACCCAGCGGUACAGUAGAGGAUCAUGCCCGUGGCUGAGCUGUGGGAAUCUCCGGCGCUGGAAAUGUUAAGCAGAAUGGAGGAGGUUUCCCGCGCGUGGGACAGUUUGCUGGAAGCCAAACAAGAGCUACAAAGAAUCGAGAACACGCUCGACAGCCAGGACCGUCGGCACGGGCAGAGAAUGCAGCGGAACAUGAAGUUGGAUAGUAGAAUAUUUUCCGGAAUCGAUCUGCGUCCGUCGGAAGCCUCUGGCCGGAGGAGCCCGGGGAACGAGCAAGAAGAGCAGAACCUAUUGGAUCAAACGUUUAUUUGCCACAGACAGGCCACAGAUUUCUCAGAAGGUCAAGGCUCAUCUUGGAGGCCUCGGUUCAGCAGUGAAACACACGUACCUAACAGAGAUAUGGACGGAAAGAAUCAAAUGACACAUCUGGUCUCCAUGAUGGACGAUGGGUUUUCAGAAGACACUUUAUCCAACACAUUCCUAGAUAGGUCUUCUCCAGCAAGCCAGACUUCCACAGAAGAAGUUUUAAACCCAUAUUCGGAGGUGUAUCCUUUAUCUCCAGUUCUGGAAGUGGAGAGAUGCCCCAAGCUUUCCUCCUGCCCAGAUCCUCGUCAGUCUCCAAGUGCCGAUGUCUACGCUCAAAGGCUGGAAUAUCUGAAGAACAACUCCCCCAACAACAAGCUGAAGAAACUGAAAGAAAGGAUCCGAGAGCAAAAACUCCGACAGAACCUUGGCAGGGAACUGAGGCCAGACCCUCCGCGGGUCACCGAGCCUGUGGGAAAACACACUCUAAAGAGGAAAGUGGGGAAGGUGACAUUUGGUGUUCCACCUCCGACAUACAAAGAAACCAAAGAUCCGACGUCGAAGAGCAAAAUCAAGAAUUCGGUUUCCAGAAAGCUGUCCUUUGAUUCGCCCUCGCCGGAGAGAAGAGUUAAACAUUCAGGGAAGGACGUGUACAGGCCCUCAGCAUGGAGAGAAGGGCAGAAGAUUGUACGGAAGAUCCUCGGGCCGUCACCUGUGAUACUAAAGGGGCAACACUUGUCUAGUGGAGAUGGUUUGGCUUCCCAGACUCCAGGAAUGGCUAAACAGGAAACAGAUGGAGCUCCAGUAUGGAGGGAUCCACCACCCAAAGAGAAGGUGAAGGGCAGUGAUAGGCCAAGUGAAAGAGUCAAGCGGAUCCUAAGAACCAAUGUAACGGCAGUAUUGCAGGAUGAGAAGAGAAAGGGGGUGCAGAGGGAUUUGCCAAAGAGACGACCAACCACCUCGGCGGCACAGAGACACCCCAAUAAAGAGAACAUACGGCAAGAGGAUCGGGUGGGGCCACGGGGCCACAAACAUGGCUACAGCACAGAGGAAGUGCGCAACUUUAUGAACAGGAAGAAGUCGGAGAGACGAAGCAAAGAACAGGAAGAGCGGGAUUCACGGUGCACCGCCGCGCAGCUCCAGCAGAGACGCCUGCAGGAAGUGUUCCGGAAGCAAAAGGAAGCGGGGCCUUUAAUAAAGCCCCGUACUGAGCUCUCCAAACAGAAGUGCCCUGCGACGGAAGAUUCUGGAAGACCUGUGGCUGAAUGGGUUCAGAGAGACUGCUCCCGGCUGCUGGGGGAAGAGGAGGGAAGAAGGAAGGAAACCGAUGUUGGCCAUUGCUUGGGGCCCCUGAAGCUUCGGGACUUAGAUACAUCAGACUCACCCACACAGUCUCCCAAGAGAGGCCCGACUCUCCCCCAGCCCCGAGACAGCCAGGAGCGCCUCCAGGCCCUGUGUAACGUUGCCCGGGACCUGGCCCGGAGGGUAGAAGUUGAAACCAGCAGGCUGGGAGUUGUAGUUCUUCCACGGCCAAUGGUUAGCCAGGAGUCCCAGAGUCCCCCGGGGCUACGGCAACGUUCGCAGGAGGAGCCAACUGGCCUGGACGAUGGACGCUACCAACGAUCCGGGAGUCUGGAGAGACCACAAGGAUGGGCAGAUAUUACAGCGCCUCCGUGUGGGGAAACCGAGAAGAAAGAACAAUGGAGGAGAGCCACGAAAGCUUUAGGCGAUGAACCCUUAGCCAAAAGCCCACAGAAAGGAUCCCGGGAACAUAGAGGAGGCAGGAGAUUGCAAUCGCCGCCGGGAUCUACUCGAGGCCUCUCGGAGCGGCUUGGGAAACAUUCGCCCUCUCGUCCCAGUUGGAAAAGUGGAAUUUUGCUGGAAUCGGCUCUGCAGGAAGGGGAGGUGGCUCCAGCGAACGGUUUGCGGAAAUCUCACACGGAUAUUGUGCGGAAGCUUAAGAUGCAGAAUGCGGAACAGGGAGUGAAGCUGGCGGCCCUGAGGGAGAAAUCGCGUCGGGAGGCCGCGGAGGCGGAGCAUUGUAUGGAGGAACUGAAACUGAAGUCCAUCAUGCUGUUCCAAUCCGACGGCCAAAGCGAAGAAGCUAAACCAAUGGCAAAUAGGCAGCUGCCCCCUAACGGGGCAGAAUUCAUCUACAACACAAACUGGUGAGUUUCCAUCCA